AUGGAAACAAACGUUGAUAAUCUCAACGAAUUCGAUCAUGUUUCUGGGGAGAAUGGUCUUACAAUGACUUUCCCUCAGCCAGUUACACUAGAAAAGAAAACAAAGCGUGAUUCUUCAUCGUUACCUUCACAAAUUACACAGGCAAAAGCCAAUAUGGCUAAGUAUUGCCUCGAGAAGCAGUUUAAGGACUUUUUUACCAAUGACAAGCAGAUGCGUCAAAAAAAUGUUAGAAAUCGUUCUAUGAGCAUUCCUAAACUAAACGACGUACACAUUCCAGAUGAAGAAGUACCUGUCAAAAGACUUAAUCGUAGAACACUCAAAGUUGAGCAGUUCGAAAAAUUAAAAAUUAUAGGUAGAGGAUCAUUCGGUGAAGUAUGGCUUGUUCGAGACAAGGAAGAUCAACAUAUUUACGCUAUGAAGGUCUUAAAGAAAAAAGAACUCGUAGAAAAAAAUCAAAUUUUAAAUACAAUUGUCGAAAAAGAUUUUAUGGUCCAAAAUGAUAACCCAUGGGCUGUCCAGUUAUACUAUGCAUUUCAGGAUAGUAGAUGUCUGUAUUUUGUGAUGGAAUUCUUGCCAGGCGGUGAUUUAAUGACUUUAUUAAUAAAUAGAAAUAUUUUAACAGAAACAGAGACGAGAUUCCUCAUAGCAGAGACAAUACUUGCUGUAAAUUGUGUUCACAAGCAAGGUUUCAUUCACAGAGAUAUUAAACCAGAUAAUUUACUACUUACGAAAAAUGGACAUGUCAGACUUACCGAUUUUGGACUUAGUACAAAAAUGGAUCGUUACAGCGAUCCAAUUGUUCAACUUAUCGAUGAAAUUACUGAUGCAUUUAAUGAAUCAGGAAAUUCUAGUACUCCGCAAUCAGUUAUCAAUAGAUUAUAUUACCAGAAGAUGCAUUCUUCAGAAAGGCAUGCUCAAGUAUGCUCAGCUGUUGGAACUACCGAUUAUAUUGCUCCAGAAGUAUUAUUAAAGCAGCCUUACGGCCCAAGCGUCGAUUAUUGGUCGAUAGGUGCUAUAAUGUUCGAAAUGAUAUAUGGAUAUGCACCUUUUUCUUCACAAACUCAAAGAACGACCGCAACAAAAAUUAUUCAUUUCAAGGAAACCCUUGAAUUCCCAUCCAAACCCCCUGUAUCGACUGAGGCAAUUUCUCUGAUGAGAGGUUUGCUCACAGAUGCAGAUCAUAGACUUAAUUUCGAGGAAAUCAAAUCACAUCCGUUCUUUUCUUCAGUAGAUUGGGACAAUCUCUUCAACUCUGUUUCUCCAUGCAUUCCUACAUUGGAAAGUGAUCUUGAUACCUCUCAUUUUGAUGUUUUUGAACCUCUUCCUGAAGAGGAAGCAAGGCCUAAAUCUCCUCAUGAUAAGGAGGUUGAGGAUCUCGCUAAUAUCGCUUUCAUGGGAUUUUCGUAUAACAAAAAAGCAAGUUCUCUCUUGCAAUUUUGUCCUAUUACCUCUAAUGAAAGCCGUUAUUAA